AUGUCAAACCCAAAUCCUCCAUUGAGCCGUCUACCACCCGGAGCAUGGCAGCAGCAAGUAACUAAUUCAACAGUACCCCGUACGACCCAUCGCCCGCCUCCGGUCCCAGGGGAUGAUGACUCUGGUAGUGAAAGUGGAAGUGAGACAGGUAGAUCUGAUGAUUACUCGUAUCGUCUCGGCAGGCGACAAAGCACCGGGAGAACAAGUCCAGACGCAUCACAGGCCGCUACACAACUAGCGGGUGAAAGUGUGGACCCUAUAAUGGAGUCCUUGGAGAGAAUAAUUGUUUGGCCACAGGGAGAUGGAAUACCCCCCUGGGCUACCGAUGCAAAGCAGUCAUGGGCACACGAUCAGAAAUGGACUGCAUGGGUGUUCAUGUCAGUGGUUAAAAAGUCCAUUAGUGAACGGCUGGUAGAUUUUAGUGGAGAACGCACCAAGCAACACGAUAGGGAGAGGGCCGAGUCUGGGAAUCACAAUCAUUGUUAUCGUUCUCACAAACAAAUAGAGGCUUGUUUGACUGAUCAAGUGUUAAGCUAUAUUCAAAAUCGAAUGACAGCCUCACUUCCAAAGUCCACGCUGCAUGACAGAGGAGAUGGUGAUCAGGUACUGAGACUGCAGACCAUGUUUAUUGGAGUAGACCGUUUCGACAAAAAAAUGGCUGCAGAGAUCUUUGUCGACAGGAUAGGACAGGUAGUGUAUGCGCCAGACGAGGGGUUCUCGCCCUCAGGGGACGUUUCUGGCUCAAGGACUGACGGGCAUGGGCAUAAACACAGGCCCCGACCAUCACACUCAACAUCCCAUGGAGUUUCAGGAGUAUACCCGGGGGGUUGGGCUUCAAAAGAACGGCAAAGGGUGGAAACCGCUCCAAUCUCAGCGCAAUGGACGUAUUUCAAAGGUUUUACGGUUUACCGUGCACCUACGCGUCCCUCUUGGCUCCAAAAUUGUACCCUAGAUCAUCAUGAUGGCAACUACUGCGCCAAUGGUUAUGAUGCUUACUUCACCCUUAUCAAUGAAAUGACUGCUUUACUCGAACGAUGUCUUAACGACACCUGGAGCGAUCAAAGAAGCAUAGAGCAAACACCCGACCACCCAAAUCAGACCAUGCAAACUCCGGAGAUUUCGAAGAACCAGGUACUUCUUAACCUUGGGAACAGACUGGUUGAAGUGUUGGAUAAUGACAGGAUACAACGGACACGUGCCAAAAUACAGGGUACAAUCAUUCUCAAUACACAACCAUAUAAGCUUCAUGAAGUUGAAGAUGGCCCUUGGCCAUGA